AGUCCAGGCCAGAAUACAGAAGAGCUUAAAACGUUGUCUCCCUUCAAGAUGUGCGUGUGCGGUGUGAUGAUUCUCAGCAUUGUCCUGGCUUGUGUGGAUGGAUGUGACAUCGCUCCGGCCACCUGUGGGGCCCAAGCACCAGGGGACAUUAUCAUAGGGAUAGUGUUGCCAUGUCAUCGUAAAGUCAACGCAAUUCAGGAGCGGAUUAGACCGGACAGCUUCAACUGCUCAGAUUUUGAUCAACGAUCAUUCAUGAAAUCCUUGGCUAUAAUUCAUGAAAUCGAGCAGAUAAAUGCAGCCGGUUUCCUCCCAGGGGUGAAGCUUGGAUAUUUGGUGUGUGACACGUGCUCACAUGCAAGCAAAGCAUUGCACAUUGUAGGGCAGAUACUUGCAGUCAACGCGUCUGUGAAUGCAAUGUGCAACUACACUCACUUCAGGCCCAGAGUCAAGAUUAUUUUAGGAGCACGAUACUCUGAGACGACCGUUGCUGUGGCCAGACUGCUCAGUGUCUACAUGGUUCCUCUCAUAAGCAGCACAUCAUCGUCACCAGAACUGAGUGAUAAGCUGAGAUACCCACCUUUCCUGCGAACUAUUCCCAGUGAUAUUCAUCAGACCAAAGCAGUGGCCAGUAUGAUGCGUCACUACAGAUGGAACUGGGUCGGGAUUGUGCAUGGUGAUGAUGAAUAUGGCAAAGCAGCCUUCGAGAGCUUCGUCAGGGACGCUGAGGCUAAUUCUGUGUGCUUGGCAUAUCAAGGAGUGUUGCCUCAUUACCUUGAUCAUCCACAAAUCCAGCAGCUUGUCAAGCAGGUCUCGGAGCAGAUCCGUUCCUCAAAGGCCCAGGUGGUCGUGGUAAUCCUCAGAGAAGAGUUGGUGGAGAUCCUCUUUCAGGAAAUGAUCAGGACCAACACGUCCAGGACUUGGAUUGCCAGUGAUGCUUGGUCCAGAAGCUGGUCUCUUGCCCAAAUGGAUGGCAUUGACAGGGUUGGGGACAUCUUGGGCUUCACCUUUAAUGCACAAAAGAGUAAAUCAUUUGAUAAUUACUUGAGGAAUCUUACAGUGACUCCAGGAGGAUACAACCACUUCAUUGAAGAAUACAAGAACCUGAGAUUUAAUUGUUCCAAUGAGUGUUUCUCAACUGAAUCCCAAUCCUUUUGUCCCUCACCUGACCUCCUGAAAAUGAAAUCUAGCAGCGCAUGCAAUCUCAGCAGUGUCCAAGAUCAGAAUGAUGACUAUCUUGUGACGUCUCUUGACACGAGUGAAGCUUUCCUUCAUAGGGUGUCAGUGUGGGCCACAGCACAUGCUCUCAAAAAGCAGCUGAGGUGCAACAGCUCUUCAUGCUCGGGAGAAAUUGACUUUGCUCCAUGGGAGCUUCUUAGAGAAUUGAAGAAGGUUAAAUUUCAACUUGACAACCAAACCUUUUACUUUGACGACAAUGGUGAUUUUGUAACUGGGUAUGAUCUGAUCAUAUGGGAAAGAUAUGGACACCGCAGAAGAUUUCGCAGAAUUGGGAAAUACCAUGUCCUUAGUGAACAAAUACAACUCGACGUGGACAGUUUCACCUGGCAUUUAACUGGCAAUAUCACGGCGCCUGAGUCGAGAUGCUCAGAGAGCUGUCCCUGUGGUUUGGUGAAGAAGAUCUUAAAUGUAUCCUGCUGUUACAGCUGCACACACUGUGUGGAGGGGACCUACUCAGAUGAUGCAGAUCUCGAUGAGUGUAAAGUGUGUCCCACUGGAACCUGGUCUCUGAAGGGUUGGGAUCACUGUCAGCCAAGACUGGAGUCGUACCUGAAAUGGAGCGAUCCCUAUUCCAUUGCAGUGACUGCAGCAGCAGUCCUUGGCCUUUUAAUCUUACUGGUUACCUUAGUUCUCUUUGUUGUUUACAAAGAGUCACCACCGAUGAAAGAAGCUGAGGUGAGACUGUCCUGUGUGAUGGUGUCUGGUCUGGCACUGAGCUUUGCCAGUGUACCAUGCUUCAUGGGGAAACCGAGUGUCCACCUCUGCCGGGCCCGCCAACUCAUGUAUGCCAUGGGCUUUACCUUGUGUGUGUCCUGCAUCCUGGUCAAGGCCAUUCGUACUUUCCGGGAUUUCGUUCCCUUUGGACCGUUAAGCAGACGACUACACAAACUUUACAACCCACCUGUUAUUAUUACUGUGACCACUGCUGUCCAGGGACUUAUUUGUCUUCUUUGGCUCAUCUUUGAUUCUCCUGAUAUCGAUGAGACACCUCCUGCCGAGCAAAGCAUGGAAAAGAAAGUCCAGUGUACGGAGGGGGACACAUACAUUGGUUUUGGUAUAAUGCUGAGCUACAUCGGUCUCUUGGCGCUGGUUUGCUUCUUCUUGGCCUACAAAGGCCGGAAUGUUCCUCAGCAGUUCAGUGAAACAGGGUAUAUCAUUUUUAGCAUGCUGAUGUACUUGUUUGUAUGGGUGUGUUUUAUUCCACUCUAUAUCACCAGAAACGAAGAAGGCACUCUGGUGCAGGCUUCAGCCAUUCUAGUGUCCAACUAUGGCAUCAUCUUAUGCCAUUUUUUACCCAAAUGUUUUCAAGCACUUCACAGGAAACGGAAUACCACUCAAACAGCAAUCAGGCUAACAAGAAGUAGAAGUGCAUCCCUUUAAAACUUCUCUUUUCUGAACAUGGACAUGAACUAAGAUAUCCACAUUAGAUUCAACUGCUCACUCUCCUGCACCAAAGGUUUGAGGAAGGGUUCGUUUGGUUUACAGCCAGCAGUGUCAUUCAAACAUCAAGCACCUGGUCUAUGCCUGUGUAGAGGAUAUAGGCUUUUAUUAAAAUCUCUUUUUGUUCCAGUGGCCGCUCAUGGUACUGCAACAGAAAAACACUCAUGUUGCCUAAAAAGCAAUUCUAUAGAGCACAAUAAUAAAAGUCUGUAAAACUGUUCACAGGACAAUUUGAGACAUGGACAUAUGCAUAUUUAGAUGUUUGUAUUCUAUAUUUUAUACUUUGUUUUAUUUUUAUACCCAGAAGAAUCUUCCUCUCACGUCUGUAUUCAUGUUUUUCUCCAUGUUGUCUUUUUCUUCUGUGAGCUUGGUUUUUAUGUUAUUUCCAGAUCAAAACUUGGCACCAUUCUAAAAAAAUGGUAAUAAUUAAUAACAAUAUAAAUGCAAGAUCAUUUAAUAAAAUGUGUAUUAGAGCUAUUACUGUAAGUUGAAUUAGCAUUUUGUCUGAUUGUUGUAGGUGAUAAUGUUGGAAUAUACUUUACAAACCUGUAAUAACAAUAUGGUUGUAAUAAACGCGGUGUAGGUUGCACCGUA